AUGGAAACGACUGGACACAAGGAUGUCAUACAUGGGAUGCAGUUCUCCUCUCAAGUGUGCAACUGUAGAACGUCUGGAGCUGCCUGUGUCACAUCUAAGCAACUCAAAAGGCGAACGCGGCCCAGAAGGCACCUUGAGCAACAAGAAAGGUUGUUGGACGAGCUCAGGGUCCAGAAUGAGAAUUUGCAGCGCGAAAUCCAGCAACUACGUGCUAGCCAUUCUAGGAAUAUUGACACAUCUGUGUGGAAUGAUACUUCAAGUGGACUUCAAGCCCCCAAUUAUCCAGUACUGCAAGUUGCAGGUUCGUCUGAUGCGGCAACUACUCCAACUCAACAAACUCAACCUAUCAUAAAGCAUCUGGGACGCUUAGUGCCCUUAACACCGAGUGUCAAUCGAUUCGCAGGAUCAACAACAGGGAUAUAUUUCAUACGCUGUGCCGAAUCAGUAUAUAAAUCUCUUUUCCACCAAGAAGAAGGUUUUCCAGAUGUUGUUAAUCGGCUCCAUUUACUCGGAGCUUGCCCAGAAUAUUCCCAACAUCUGCAUUUUUUGAACUCGAUUGAUCUUUCUCGACCACCACAUUUCAUGCUCGAUAAGCCACGAGCAUUUUACCUGGAGUGCAACACUUACUACCUUAAUGCCCUGGAAUGCGCUCGGUUAACGACUGCACCUGAAAAUGAGGACUUUCCAGGACUUCAGUCCCUACUUUUAACCUGUCUAUAUCUCCAACUUACACGGAAGCACGAUGAGUGGAUACAACUAUCUGGUCAGGUUGUUCGACUUGCACAGUGCCUAGGUCUCCAUCGACAUUCCCGACGCUUCCAAUUUUGUGCUGGAGAGAUGGAGGUAAGAAAACGCAUAUGGUGGUGCGUUUACGCUGUAGAUGUUGCCUGUAGCGUAGUACACGGUCUGCCGAAAAUGAUCCAGGACGAUGAUGUGGAUACCGACCUACCUGUUGACACGGAUCUGGACGACGCGAGUGCCACUGACAUACUACUCCCCCUUCCGGGAGAGACAACAAGCAUGGCUACAUUCAUCCUCUACGUGAAAUUGCUCAGGAUAUUCUCCAGCUGCCUCAAGUCGCUAUAUACGACUACCAAACGACGUAAUGGUGUCGCCAAAAUUACUGCACUGGACCACGAGCUCUCGGUGUGGCGCCAUAGUGUAGUCCAGUUCCAAGGAAAUGAGAUGAAAGACCAUGAAGAUGGUCUACCGGACACUCUUCAUAUGAACUCAGCAGAUCAGUUUUUUGAGACACUAUUCCUGCUCUUCUUAGGAAACGUGGCUGUUGUCUUGAUUCAUCAGCCAGCAUUGACAUUCGACCCGAAGCACCCUCAAUUCAUGAAGAGCCUGUCGAGGUGCAUUCGUGCAGCACUCAAUAUACUCAGUAUGUUGGGAAGCAAUCAUGAUGACCGGAGACUUCAUUGCCUGUUCCCGAACAAGUCAUCCAUAGUCUUCCAGUCGACACUGCUGUGCUUCUAUCAUCAAUGGACGUGCACGGCGGCUUCAUUAACGCCAAGCCACAAUCUUAAUCCCUUGAUGGGCAGAGUAGUAGAUACUGCCCUCAAGCUCCUAGAUAUGCACAAGACGGAACUGGUUUCUUCUGAUACCGGUUCAAACACAAGUAUUGACAUUCGUACGAUCUCAGCUGCUGAAGACCUUUUUCGGUUGUUUUCCAGUCGCAUGGAACGCGGCAGACACCCGUCAGAGUCACUUGAAGCUUCUUCGAUGACUCAAAAGUCUUCCUCAUCAAUGGGAUUUACACCGCCAGCUGGCAUCAGUAAUCAUGAACUAGGGAACUUUGAACGUGAGUCACAGAUGAUCACGUUUCCUCUUGACUUUGGGAUAUUGGAACGCGAUAUCCUCGAUUUUGACUGGCCUUGA